AUGACAAUGCAACUAAUGAUUCUUCUAGUGCUGUGGCGCUGUUUGCUUUGCUACGGCGAAUCCACCAUUACGCACGCCACCAAAGUCAGCAAACGCCAACUGCAGUAUGGCGGCAACUUUCCGUCGCCGAGCUACCAAACACACGGCAAUCAGCUAGCCAACAACUUGCUGCAAACACCACCGCUGCUCUAUGACCCCGGCUACAAUGCACAGCAACCACACGAAGUCGGCGCUGAGACUGACAACACAACGGACGCUGCAGAGCUCAGCACGCCGAAUGCGACGCAAACACAGCAGCAACAAACACCAGCAAACCUUGGUUUGGGUGCGCGUUUCGAAGCACCCCAAACAUUUUCGCACAUUUAUUUUCCACAUGCAUUCGCAACAGGCGCACAACUGGCGCUGAGUCGUACUGCGCCGCAUGCCUUUCCUGCUGAAACGCCAGCUGCCUUGGCGGCGCGCAACAGCGGUCGCUCGUACAGCACCAGUUCCACUUAUUUUGUACCAUUGAGCGUGCUUUACCAUCCGAAUGCUGAAGUGCAGCCGCAGCAAAGCAUCUAUGCGCAACGUCUUCCGCAGCAACAACAACAAAUACAGGCAUACAAUCAAUUACCGGCGCCGUUGCCACCGCCAGCGCUCUAUCAGCAAUACGCGCCACAAGCAGCACUGCCGCCAACACAACCAACAGCAACGCCAACAAUUACAGCAGAGUCAACGCAACUGACGCAACAGCAGCAACUACCAGCGCAGCAACAAACGUCGCUUGCUUACACGCCACCUGCCCUACCACCAUUGCCACGUAUGCCACACUUGCUGCCGCCGCCACCGCUACCUGCCUCUUCGCCGCUGCCGCUAAAUUUUCAGGCGCCGUUUCAUCCAUCACAAUUCCUCGGUUAUAUGCAUGAACGCGAUGCACGCGCGUCUUCCACCGCACGCACGCUACACCACACACAAGCUAAUCCAACAUAUCCACAACAACAAGUGGAGAAACCGAUUUAUGAGCAUUCCGCAAGCGGUACAAAGCAGCAGAACUAUCAAGCUGCUGUGACGCAGCAAGCGCGCUAUGGCCGUUACAUUUAUAUGGCACCGAAUAGUGGCUACGCGCUCUUCAAGGCGGCGUAA